CUCACCCAGCUCUGCUGUUCUCUUGGUCAUGGGUACAAGAUGGACUUGCCCUGGACCUUCCCUACUUGUGCUCUUCUAUAUGGGCAUCUUUUGCCAUGGCUAAGGACCGAGGGUGAUCAGAGCUCAGAUGACUUCUACAAUGAGACCAUGGCAAAGAUCUUCCUGCAGUAUUAUGAGAAUACAACCAGGGUUGUGUGGAACCGGUUCAUGGAGGCCUCCUGGAACUAUGUCACCAAUAUCAACCAGCAAAAUCUGGAGGAGAUGCUGCUCAAGGACAUGGAGAGGUCCCAGCACAUGCUGUUCUUUGGCACCCAAGCCCGCCUGUUUAAGAUUGCCAGGUUCCAGGACCCGGUCGUGAAGCAUAUGCUGAGUAAGCUGCAGAACAUAGACAAGGCGGCCCUCCCCAAGGACGAGCUCCAGGAGUACAACAAGCUUCUGGCCUACAUUGAGACGAUGUACAGCACGGCCCAGGUGUGCAUGAAUGAGGGGCCAUGCCUGCCCCUGCAACCUGACAUCGAAGAGGUCAUGGCCACCUCCCGGGACCAGAAGGAGCUACUAUGGGCCUGGCAGGGCUGGCGGGAUGCUGUGGGUCCCCAGGUCCGCAUGACCUUCGAGCGCUAUGUGCAGCUCAGCAACAAGGCUGCAAAGCUCAACGGUUACGAAGACAUGGGGGCCUUGUGGCAGUCCAUGUACGAGUCCGAUACACUGGAGCAAGACCUGGAGCAUCUCUACCAGGAGCUGCAGCCGCUCUACCUCAAUCUGCAUGCCUACGUGCGCCGGGCCCUGCACCGCCACUACGGGCCUGAGCUCAUCGACCUGAGGGGGCCCAUCCCUGCCCAUCUUCUGGGGAACAUGUGGGCUCAAUCCUGGGUCAACAUCUUAGACUUGGUCCUGCCCUUCCCGAAGAAGCCCCUCGAUGACAUCACGAGGAACAUGAAAGUCCAGCACUGGAAGCCCGAGAAAAUGUUCAUAGAGGCUGAAAAUUUCUACACGUCCCUGGGGCUGCUUUCCACUCCACCGGAUUUCUGGAGAAAGUCAAUGAUGGAAAGGCCGGCCGAUGGGAGGGAGGUGGAGUGCCACGCCUCUGCCUGGGACUUCUACAAUGGCCAGGACUUCAGGAUAAAGAAGUGCACCGAGGUGACCAUAGAAGACCUGCUCUCCAUCUUCCACCAGAUGGGCCAUAUCCAGUACUUCCUGCAGUACAAGAACCUCUCUGUGAUCUUCCGUGCAGGCACCAACCCAGCCUUUGAAGAGGCCGUGGGGUUGGUGAUCAUCCUGUCGGUCUUCUCCCACAAACACCUGCUCAAUAAAGGCCUGCUCAGCCACCAGCAUCAGGACUCAGAGGAGGAGGUCAACUUCCUGAUGGGCAUUGCCCUGGACAAGAUUGCCUUCAUCCCCUUCGCUUACCUGAUGGACCUGUCUCGCUGGAAGGUCUUUGAUGGCACCAUCCAGAAGGACGUCUACAACCAGGAGUGGUGGAGCCUCAGGUUGAAGUACCAGGGCCUGUGCCCCCCCACCCCUCGGACAGAGGAAGACUUUGAUCCAGCUGCCAAGUUCCACAUCUCAGCCAGCAUGCCCUAUCUACGGUACUUCCUCAGCCUAGUGCUCCAGUUUCAGUUCCACGAAGCACUGUGCAAGGCCACAGGCCACAUGGGUCUGCUGCACCGGUGUGACAUCUAUAACUCUAAGAUGGCUGGAAAGCUCCUGGAGGAUGUCCUAAAGCUGGGCUCGAGCAAGCCCUGGCCAGAAGUCCUGGAGAAGAUAACUGGGGAGACCAAGGUGCCUGCAAAGGCCAUCAUGACCUACUCCAAGCUCUUGCUGAACUGGCUGGUCACUGAGAAUGUGCAGCAGGGGGAGAUCCUGGGCUGGCCAGACUUCAGCUGUUACUUCGAAGAAAAAGAAACAGACAAGGUGACAUUCCUGAGUCUGGAGCUGGACCCUAACCAGGUCAACUUUGGGCAGUGGGUGUUGCUGGCCCUGAGUUUUGUCAUGUUCCUGGUGGCCCUACUCCUGGCCUGCAGGCUACACUCCCUGGAAAAAAGGUCACCGGCCCAGGACACCAGCGUUCAGGACAUCAGCACACUUGAGAUACCACCCAAAGCCUACUUUCUGGGCAUAGCCAUGGAGCCCCGCCAGGCUGUCAAAACGGUCCUGCUGGGCCUUUGCCUCAUCCUGAUGCUGUGCUCAAUCGGCUUGACCAUUUGGAUUUUCACACAGAACAACAGGAAGCCUCUGUGGAUGAAAGCUGAAUGGUGGAGUUGGGACUAGACACCAGUGUGACUGCCAACCUGCCCACCCAGACACAGGGGCAGCCAGGACAACUCUGCCCCCUCAGGAGGCCACACUUGCAGCCCUCCCAUCUCCUAGCCACAGUGGCCAGUGAGGCCCCCAUCAGGCAUUGUGGCUCUGCGUGGCAAAGGCACACCCAGCCCAGGACUCCAAGUCUUCCUCCUGAACUCCAGCAAAAACCCCACGAGCCUCCUUGGCCAUCCCUCUCCCCCCUUGCCAUUGUAAAGUUUCUUUCACCAGAAUAUUUCCUUCAUAUCUAACUGAUUAAGAACUUGGCUGUCUAUCAAUUAAAUUCAGAUGUUCAAAAUGGCAUGUGAGGGUAUUUAUCAAUUCCCUUUUUGUCCAACCUUACCACUACCAACCCCCAGUUCAGCCCCUCUGCACUGAUUUCACCAUGGGCCUUUGCCUAAGGUGCAUGCCCUAUUCGAAUGCUUGCCCUUCAAGGCCUGGCUCAAAAUUGGUCAUUGAACCCUCCGAAAAGCUCCAAGCCCACUGAGAUGCUCAGUGAACAGUGAUUCCCUUCUCUCCCUCUUCUCCAAGAAGCCUCUU